AACGUCAAUUUGUGUUUAAAAGUUUACCGUUUGGGCUUGGCUAGUUUUUUGUGGUGUUAUUAUUCCGAUUCCUACGCUUUCUACAACGUUGAAAUAAAAAUACACAUUCAAAAUGAUUCGAACGAAUCGGUGGAAAGGAGGUACUGACGAAGAAUACGCAACCCAGCAUUUUGGCUUCGGAGCGCAGCGCGUUAAAAUAGCUCUCCGACAAAUGGUUGAAGAAAAGAUUAGGACUGGUGUGUGUGAUAUGGAAACGUAUCUUCUAAAUUCCCUUGACCUCAAUGACAGUGACAAAGAAGCAAUCCGUAGCUUGUGUAAAAAAUUGUUACGGCUGUACUGUGUAAGAGCAGAGCCUUCCUUAGAAAUUGUGGACAGUGAAAUCGAGAGAAUGUUGACUGUGCCUUCAAAUGUGUUGCUACCUGAUGAUGAGGUUCACGAAGAAGAAAUUACUGAUACAGAAUACGAUGAAUUAAAACAAGAAGUUACGGCUUUGAGAAACAGAGUAGAGCGAGCAGCUUUGAUGGAAGCUCUACUCACUGCGGAGGAGAAUGACAUAUCUGCUUUGGAAAAGGUGUAUGAAACUGCUAAACAGAACAUGGAAAUCCAGGAUAUGAUAAAUAAGAACUUUGAUACAAAUGAUUUAAAAACAAUUCAAAGUAGUGCACAGUUAUUGUAUGCACAAAGUGGAUUGAAGGAUGAUGGGUUUUUGGAUGAAUCAUCUUGAAAGUAAUAAUUUACUG